UCCAAUGUUUUUCUUUCUUUUAAUUAUUUAUUAUUUAUAUUUAUUUUGAAUAAAAAUAUGUAUACUAUCGUGUAUUGUUAAUCGUACAGUAACCGGAGUCUUCAAGCAAUGGCUACAAGGAUGUCAUCACCCGAACAUGUGUCGCGGGUUCGCCGGCUCUACAAAUUGAUCUUCCGGGUUCACCGGGGCUUGCCGCCCGAACUCCGUGUCCUGGGAGACAACUACGCCAGGGACGAGUUCAAGCGACACAAAAAAUGUAAUAAGGACGAGGCUAAGAUUUUUCUCAACGAAUGGACGGACUACGCCAUUAACCUUGCCAAGCAGAUGAAGCCGCUGCACCAAGCCAAGAACAAAAUGGUCGGUGAGUACUUAGAUCCGAGCCUUCUAGACCACAUGAGCGAUGAACAGAUUGUUCAGUUGUACGAACUCCAUAAGGCGGCGUCAUCGGAGCCUGAUAAGGAGUCAUCGGAAUCUAGUUUCCAUGGCGACGGCGCGCAGCAUGUGCCGUCGCGUUGAAGGCUCUGCUUCGUUUCCCGUACAACUCACGAUCCAACGCGCUGCAACAACCCAGCGCUGGCGACGCUUCAAAGGUCUCGCCUUUAAGUUUUCACCGUUUUUUUUGUUACUAUGGCGGAUUUAAUUUCAAAAAACAUUUUUUUUUAAUCAUUUCUUUUUAAGCUGUCUUCGGGCACAUUUAGUUAUGUAGUUUCAACUAAGUUCUAAGGUCAAUCCUAUAAAAAUGACCGUCUAUUUCUAUCUUUAACAUGGGUUUCUAUUUUACAUUUCGCCGAUACUGUAAGAUGUAAUAUAAACUGUAAAAUAACGUAACUUUGAUAUUUAUGCGUACCCUCCCGAGAAUGUUGUCAAGACUGAACCUGUUUUCUGACUGAAAAUUUCUUUAACUAGUCCGUUUAGGCUUUUCCUAGCUAUUCGUAUACGCCUCUUAGGCAUCCCCCAAUAUUUUGCAGUUUGUAUUUAAGAAAACUUAAACAAAGGCUGGUCAGAAUGCAGGUUUAAGUAUUAUUAUUACGUAAAAUCCUGUGCAGUGAGAAAAUAGUUAUCGAGUAGUUUUUACGACUUCUUCUCUACUUUUUUACUUCUCAUAUAGUUAUUUUUUAAAUAUUUUCUUGUAUUUUUUAACUGUCUAUAUUUACGAGUACUUUCGGAACAAUCGCUAACUGUAUUUACGAUGUAAAGCAACAUUCAGGUAUCAUUAAUUACAUAAAUGAAUGAAGGAGUUUCUGAAAACCCAUCUAUACAGAGUAACAUUCAUGUUUUAUUUCGAACCCGUGUACCUUACGUAAAUAUAGGCCAGUUUCUUUUUUUAUAUAUUUACUAUUACUAUUACGUCAUUAGAUAGACUUUAAACAAUUCAGUAAUAUUUUUGUAUUUCGGUAUCAUUCAAAAGGUGUCUGCAACAUUAGCCAACUGUUUAACAGUCUUAUUUCUUGAACCAAAGGAUUUUUUUACCGUUCAUUUGAUGAACUGAAAACUAUUUUGUCUCAUAUAAUUCCCACGGAGCGUCGAUAUAAAUCUAAUGUUCGAAUCUUAGGAGCAUUGCAAUUUUGUUGAAAAGUACGCCGAUAGGAAAGAAAUGUUCCUAAAUGGGAAACCGUACAUCCUAUAUAGGAAAACGCUUUCCUGUCUCGCAGGAAAAACGAUGUCCUAUUAGAAAGCGUAAAGCUAAAAGACUAAACCGAUAAGUCUUUAGAGAUUCAGGGGUAAAUUAACACAACGAAUCUUGCACGUUCGUUGCAACAAAUGAGACUUGGACUAGCCGGGUUGUCAUUCAAAACUGUAGGGUAGCUUCCACUGCGCAGAUGUUAAAACACUGGUAGUGGAAUCACAGAAUAGAACACAGAAUGUCGACUGGAAACAGGGCGGACAAAAAUACUGUCAGCCCCGGCGUUACGGUCGGCCGAAGAUUUCUUUAUCUGUUCUGUGGUGAUUUUUUAGAGACUUAAUGACUACUAGCCAUCAUGUACCUUAUAAGGUGUCUUGGGAGUGAUCUACCGGACACCUGGGAUCAUCGUCAGAUUUACACGACAGCAGCUAAUUUUAUUUUAUUUAAGCAGUAACUUAAAUAUAUUCACUUAUAAUGUAUAAUGCGUGGUCUUUGUCCCCGUGGUAUCCUGAAAGCGUAACACUGUGAUUUCAGAAUUUCCGACAACACGUUACCAAUGUGUAUUAUAAAGGCGAUGGUUGCCGAUGUUACUUAAGCUGAUAAAAUCGUGUGGUUUACUCAUCUCCCUUAGACAUUAAAAUCCCUUUUAGAAUUUGUUUACUUUCAGACCUUAAUAAAUGCACUCUGUAGCGGAACUGAAACUUUUUAAUUUUAUUAUUUGACAUUGUCUAUUUCAAUAUAAUAUCUCUAAACAGUUGUUAGGCCCACCAGCGAAAAGUACCUAUCUAGAUUAGGAAUACACCAUAAAGUAUAUAUUUAUCGUAAUUAUCCAUUUAGCAAAGACAUAUACAUAUAUUUGAGAUUAUUACAAGUGCUACUACCGUACCUUCUUAAAAUAGUGAAUCAUAAUAUAUACUUUUGAGUAUUGACAGAACGUGUCAAUAUCAAUCGUACAGCAGUGCCUUUUAAUAUAGGCCUAGGAAAUCGUUGACUAAUUGAUAAUAAUAAUAAUAUGUAUUAUUUUGUACAAAACAUAUAUUAUUGAACAGUUAUUAAAUACAGAUGUUUAAAUAAAAAUUCGGUCUUGUAAAUAAACUUGUACAGUAUUAGUUUAUAACCCAAACAGCGCGACAGUACAUAUAUUCCGUAUUUACUUCGACUUAAGAAUUAAUCAUGUUAUAAUAUAUUCAUUCUGUAUGAUAAAAAAAAAACCUUAUAUAUUUUUAUAUUGAUAUGAUUAUAAUAGUAGAUUUUGUAUAAAUAAUCAGCAGAACAGUAACAUUCAGUAGUGAAAACCGAAAUCAGCACUCUAUAUUUAUAGUAUGUACAUAUUAUUUUAGACCACUUGUAAAGAUUAAUAAAUAGCCUAAUAGUAUUUACUUAUAUGAAGAUAACUUUUAUGUAAAAACACCUGUAAAGUAAAAUUGCAUAUAAAAAUCAGUACUAAAAUAUUAGCAAUAUAUUAUUAAUUAUAAACGAUAUGUAUCCGCGUAAAUAGAUUUAUUUGUAAAUUAUUAUCAGCCUAAAUUACUUAGUAAAUAAACUCGCAUAACAACUGUUUAAAGGCAUUUCCUAAAAAGUUUUCAAUAGCUCUCUUAAAUAGAUGGCCGCUAUCUUGAAAACAAAUUAAAAAUAAUAAUAGUAUCUCCCAUAAAAAUAACGUUCAAGUAAACCACCAAACAGCUCCAAAGGUAUACCAUCUUCCUCAUCACUUCAUCUCACUGUUACGAAAAUAUCAAAACAGUUCAAUCGUAUACGAUCUGACGAGAGCCACACAAAGGCCUGCAUUCACGUUUUACAUCUAGUUUUAGCUGCUAUUACAUCUAGACUAGAAGAUUCUAGAAUAGCGUACAGCAUUAUGCUGUCGAUUCUUAGAGAUCUCAUUAAGUCUUCGUGUACAUUACCAUUCGAUUUUCAUCAUAUGUCUAUAACGUCUGCAGUGCAGUAUUGUAGGCAUUAAGUGAAAACUUAAAGCCGAAAACUCACUAGCAGUUUCGGACGGUAUGGUGAUUUCGGCGGGGUUCUACGUGCACUUCUUUGAUUCUUCACGAGUCAUUGAUGUACCCAGUGAACUAUAAGUGGUUAGUCAGACGGUGAUCUUUUUAACGAGUGUGAUUCGCGUGCGGAUCAUACGUUGACCUGUGGUACGACUGUUGAGUCGUGUCUGAGUAAGAGGUCGGAGAAGACGGAUUGCACCUUAACCCAAGCAUUUGGGUUGAGGUUACAGGAAGAUUCAAUACCACCAGCAAAGUACCUAUUAUAUGUAGCAGUAUUUAAUAUCGCAUAGAUAUUAAAUACUGAACCAGAGUCCUCUCGUAAAUUAGACGACUUUGGCGAUUUUUUCGUAUUUUUUCGAAGUUUAUUAGUUAAUGCCUUUACAAAGGGUGUUUUCUAAUGUUCGAAUAAAUUUCAAAUUCCGAUGUAUCUCUUUGCACAUAUAAAACAUUUCGUUCAUUAAUACCGUAAUACUAUUUGGAUUCUUGUAAUUUUGAAUAAUCAUAAUUUCUUCUGUAUCGCUCAUUCACAAGUAUGAUACAUCAUAGCGCACACAUGUAUCAUAUUUGUUUCUGAUGUUAUAUUUUAUGUGCAAAGUAUCGAAUACGCACCUUAGAUUUGAACUAAAAUAUAUUUCGACGCUCCGAUUUCUUAGUUUUAAGCUGUGUGGUCUAUUCAAAGACAUUAAAUAUCCACUUUCAGUGUUAAAUGUACUACAUAUUAAUCUACAUACGUGCGCAAUUAGAUGUACCUAGUUAGGUGGGAUAUGUAAUUCGAUAACAUUUAACUGUAGUUUUAAACUAUAUUGUGGUUAGAAUGCAACCUUCGUAAUUCGCUCAUAUAAUAGAAACAUUCAAUACUCAACGUACCUACUAUAUACUAUACGUGCCAUCGAAAAAUAAACGAGUCAGUGAAAGUAAGUAUACACAUUCGGCCUUUUGUAACAGACCGAUCGAAACGGUAAGGAUGUUAUUAAGAGAUGCGGAGUAAUGACGGCAUUGAUGACGUAUUGUAUACGUAUAUGGUUUAAUUUUUUUUUUCAAUCGUGAACUAUUCCUUCUCCCCUCAUAUUGUAAAGAUUACGAAAUUUUGUUAGUACUCAUUGAUAUAAAUAGUUCCGGAAUCUCCCCUUUGUUUAACAGUGUUGGUGUUAACUGUUGAGAGUUUGUUACAACGUUACGUUACGUUUUUUUUUUUUUUUUACGAAAAUGACGUGUUGCCUUGUAUUCGUUGAUAUUGUAAAUGUUUAUAUCUUCCACCACCAAGAAUUCACACAGUCAGUCUUGACCAGCAGUCGGCACCGCAAACUGAAACACUAAAGGCGUACAAAUGUUUAAAUUUAAAUUUCUUCUCCUUCUGUACCUCCCGUGCGGUUCGAAUGGUAAAAACGAUUUUCUAAUAUUAAAAACACAUUCGGGAUUCCACGCUCCGUCAGUGAACACAUACAUAAAAUCAUCGCGCGUUCAUUGUGAUUCUUACACGACAUGCAGUAGACUGUAAACUUAGAAUAAGCGUUAAAGUUUCAAAAUUCUAUCGUAAGUGUUGUAUAGUGUUUAAUGCUUAAUAGAUGCUGCUAUACUCUUACUUAUUUGCGAUUUAUUAGUUAAGGAACGUAGAACCUAUGUCUGUUUCGGGUUAGAUGUAAUUGUUAGACUACGGUGGCGUCGUCCGGGAAAAUUUAUUUGUAAGGAAAUUUCAGGUAAAAUUUUAACGUAAGCUUAAUUCUUAUAACUUUGUUUCUAUACUAUUAACAGUGAGUUAAUUUAACCUUGCUAAUUUAAACACACACAUUAACUAUAAAUUCGAAAUUUCAUACGGAUAAGCACAAAUCGAGAACAUUUUAGAUUUGUUAAAAAAGUAUCAAGUUGUCCUGUGAGUCUCAAGUUGUUCGGUGAUUGCUUAGUCUCUACACAUCAAUGAUCACUUGAUACUAGAAACGCCGUACGGUCAUCUACCAAUUUACAGAAAUAAGAGAACAUAUUUAAAAAAAAAGUUGAUCUUUUUAAAGAAAAUAACCGUUAUUACCAUGUAAAAUUAAGUUUAAAUCACAAAAUUUUAACGUACACUCUAUGAUUCAGACCACAAAAUAAACGCCAACCAUUAAUAACGAACGUCAUAGGAAACUCACAACUGUGGUCCUUGAUCACGUAUAUUUGAUUAAUACAGAUCUGUAUGCAAUAUUAAAGUACUGACAACAAAUACCAAGACGUGCGAGUUAGAAAUUAGCUCACUGUGUAAUUAAUAUCUUAUACGGCACGCUUUUUUGUGGUGCAAAACAAACUGCACCUUUCUCGUCUGAUAUAGCAAUAAUAAUCGUAAGUGUUCGAUCGUUAAAAUUAUUGAAGUAGCAUUGUGGGUGUGAGAAUUGGGAUUCAACAUAUUCAUAGAAAAUCAAAUAAUAAAAUUGAAGUCAUCCAAAUCAAUUCUCAUUAAAUUAAAGGAAUUCAGUUAUCAACAGGCAAUGCGCCGUCGUGAACGGUAUCUACAAAUUAUUUGGAAUCUUAUCCGCAGAUGUAAUGAGACUCGUUUGAUUGUUUCGUAGUCGCCUACGUGUAGGAGAAAAUAUAUAUGACUAAUUAUUUCCUAAUUAGAUUGGAACCUUUGGAAAAAUGCUCUCUAAUCAAACUGAGAAAUUGGAUGAAUACGUUAUUCAUUUGACUAUUUCUAUUAAAAUUCACUGAACGAAUUGAACACAUUUCGCAAUAGUGUAGGACGUCCGAUUGCGACUUUAAAGAUAAAUCACUAUUUAUAUUUUCUUUUGGAUAUUAUGAAUUAUAAAGUCUAAGUCAAGUCGUGUUUUUAGUUCGCGUUCAAGCAAAACCGACGUGGUAUUUGUGAGAGAGAUACUCGUUACUACUAUCUAAAUAAAUGAAUGUUUAAACAUCUAAUAUUGCUGUGUAUAUGGUUCGCAAGGGAUUGUUUCUAUCCGGACCGAAGUACCAGUUUAUUUCUGAUCUUCUUUUAAAGUAUCUGUGGGUAGUCGUGUUACAAAAUACUUAAAGACAUCUUCAACCACAACUAUGUUACAAUAUAGAUGAAAAAUUAUAUUGUUUUCUUUUUUGACUUUCAAUAUUGUAUUCAUCCCUGGGUACUAUUUUGUUUUUAUAAUUAUUAUAAUUUAUAUUGAAACAUAGAUGUGGCAUAAAAAAAAGACCUAUCAAUUUAGUCUGGACAUGGCAACCUACACAUGUUUUAAAAUGGUCAAAACGGUAACCAUAUUUAACAUCUCAGAAAUAAUACUGACAGUGAGUAAUAUUCGACAGUGGGUUUAGUUGUAGGAGCGGGUUGUCUGGUACCAUAACUUUCUCUGAAUUUCGAUGCGCUUGGAAAACAAUAUUUGAUACGAAGAUGAAUAUGAUUAAAAAAUCAUAGUACUAUUUACGCAUCUAAAUUAAGAGGAACAUGCAUUUCUUUUUCAUGUUAUUCAAACUACGAAAUAUUUUUUUUUUAGAUUGAAUAAUAGAAAAAGUAUCUCUUUGCAAUUUUGAGGUUUGAAAAAGGUUUAAUGUUUGAGGGGUAUUAUUGUUUUAGCGCGAUCUAAAAUCACAUGAGUUGACUUUCUUUUUAUAAAAUCAAUGCAAUUUCUCAGUACCAAAAAAGAUAGAUUUAUCACUGGUGUCUUUUUUUUGUUAACAUUCAAAUAAUCAAAAGUCUUAAUCAAAUAAAACGAUUCGGCCUAAUAAAUAUUUUUAGUCACCAUUUAUUUAUACAUAUUCAUUUAGCAUCUUUUACCGAUAUUGGUUGAAAUAGAUCAUCGUUCGUAUAUCUCAUUUCGAAAAACAUUUGACCAAAGGUUGCUUUCUAAUUAUUUUGUUGGUAAAGCUUAAGAUCAGUUCUGUCAUACGACUCGUAUCGUUAUGACAUGACUCACUCUCGUGGUAUUGAAAAUGAGGUCCGAUUUACGAGAGAAACACUUAUUCGUCAGAAAAGAAUUCGUCAAAAACCUUGAUACUAGAACGCUCUCCAAACACGAUAGAGAUGUAGAACUUAAAUUGUCUCCUGAAUAACAAGUAGUGGCAACCGUCGAGAUUUUCGAUCGAGUCUUGCUCAGAUCUUAUUAUUCGUGCUGUCCAGUAAAGAGAUUCACUUGCGUCAUCCAACUCGCACUUUGGAACAGUGUUACUUCUUAUUCAGCAAUAAUUUGGUUAGCUUUUUAUUCCUAAGCGUAGAUCUUAGAUCUAGAUUUCAUAUAGUUCGGAAACACUAUUAUUAUGUACGUUUACUUCUUUAGGAAUAGAUUUUUCGUAAUUUGGCAAUACUAUAUAGCUUAACUACCCACUUCUCGAUGGAUCUUGAUAUAGCUUGUCUCCGCAUCGAUGUGUUUUAGUAAUAUAUUUUUUUCAUAAUUGUUAGAUUUAGCCGUUUAUGAAGUUAAUAUAUGUAAAUGAAUAGAAGUUUCAUUUACUUGAGAUAGGUCAUAUUACCAACUAAAUGACAGGAUGUUAUGCGGAAACUUCGUUGGAAUAAAAAUAAGGAUAACCCGUUUAUGUAGGCGUGGUAGAUGUCGCAUUAAUUUUUAAGAAUGUUGUUAUUUCUAUUAGAUGAUUGAAUGUCUUGUUACUUCUAUUAAAUACUUUAUUCCAUUGUUACAUAUUAGUUACGUUUCCCGAUGCGUUUAAAUAUAAGAAAAAAAAAAUACGCGAGUUAAUUGACUUGUUAUUUCGAAAUCAGUUAAAUUUGUCGUUGAAAUUAUUAGAUUCCUUCACGUUGGGAAAUUGUACGGUUAUUCCGUUUUGGAUGUUCGUGUUUGUUGGCAGUGUUCAAUAUAUUUGUUUCUACUUAAAUUGAUACGGGACUUAGUUAACUGUUGUGGAGUCGUGUUGUAGUUGUGUUUAUUGUUGUGCGAUCGUUAACGGAACAAAACCGGGCGUGUCCCUAUUCAAAGAUAUAUUUUUCUACUGUCGCGUUUAACUAUAAAUUUUAAUUUGGUCGUUCAUAAUAAUCACGGUGUUUCGAUAGCAGUAGGCAGCGGCUUGGCUCUGCUCCUGGCAUUGCUGAAGUCCAUGGGCGACGGUAACCACUUACCAUCAGGUGGGCCGUACGCUCGUCUGCCUACAUGUGCCAUAAAAAAAAUUAUUGAUGUUGUCUUGGAGCAGUUGAUCGUUGUUAUAAGUGGAUACGUCUAGUUUUGUUCUAACCGAUCGAUCUAGUUACGUUGUGAAUGAAAUUUUAAACGAUCGUUAGUUGUUAAUGAACAUUGUUAUCGACGUUGUCAGGUUUAUGCGCCGUAAUAAAUUUAAGUUAUAUAAGUUUUAGGAUAAGCGUUGUAUAUAUUCCGAUGGUCGUCAUACCAAUCGGCAACGAGCAUACAUGCAAUAAAUAGUUAAAGAUUUGAUGCGUGUACUAUGGAUGCCCAUAGUGCUACUUAAUUUAAGAAACUUAUUUAGAAUAGCCUGAAGCUAGAUGUGCUGUAUGAAAAACUCUAAAGUUACGGUUACAUUGUUCGUGUAGUUAAUGAACAAUUUUACUAAUACUAAUAUUCAACAGGCUAAAGACAUGAUAUCACCGUGGAAUACAUUUAAUCCAAUUUCUCGAGUUAUGACCAUUUUGCAGCUGAAAUAUCUGGUUGCUUAUUUUGCGAAAUUAUUGUCAAGAUCCUAUCUAUUCCAUCGAAAAUAUUGAAAUCGAACAUACUGCCAGACUUUAGGCUUUCAUACAGCAUAUUGUAAUUGUUUAGAUAAUUGAGUGUUGUUAGCCUUUAAGAACUCUUACCUCACUAGUUAUGGUUUUAAAUAAGAAAAGAUCAUAAUUAUAUGAAACUACUUACCUAGCAUGGAUACUUACUUCCAAUUUAACGCGUAAGUUAAGCUUUGAUGAACACCACUAUUUAGGUUAAAAAUAACUCCCAUUAAAAUCAUCAAAAUCUUAUUAUGGUCUUUAACGUAUAAGUACAAUCAAAUUAUUUUUCAUUCGAAUAUCAAGUGUCUUCCCAGAGAAAUAUCUCUCGAUUAUUGCGGAAUAUAUUUUUAAAUCUCUCUUCAAUCGUUUUAGUUACACGUGUAGUAUUUCAUUACGGGUCCCCUUCUAAUUAAUCGAAAUUACUUAUUCCUAAUAACAGUACGAACUGGUGGUAGGGUGUCUUGUAAGCCCGCGCGGGUAGGUACCACCAUCCUGCUCGUUUUGCCGGACGCAGUAACGCUUUCCGGCAAAAAGAGUAGGACAGCCGUUAGACUAUACAACCGAGACUUAGACCUCAUGUCUCGAGCUGGGUGGCGGCAUUCACGUAGUGAUGUCCACGAGCUCCGCUAAAGCACUUAACAUCAGGCGCGUUGUGAGCUCGUUCCCCCAUUAACGCAAUAAAAAAGGGAUUUUCUAUGAACCACAUCACACGAUUUCUCAAUUCAAAUUGAUUAAUUGUCUUAUAUGUUAGUUAACCUUUUGACGUUCUUCCUCUUAUACUUAAGUGUGUUCAAGUUGACGGGAUAAGACAGUCCCUUCAAAUUGCCUUCUAUUAAUACCUCAUGAAGAGAUAUAUAAAGAGAUCUAUUUAACGUUAUAAAAAAUAUCCAACGGGAUGACAUUAACACCUCUGCAGUAGUUGGCGAUAAUUAAAGAUUUAUAUUGACGUAAUUUUAUGAUAUCUGUAUUUAUAACAUCAACGAUGCAGAUAACGAGAUAAAAGCUUUCACAUCCGUUUAAAAUUUGGCGUUCAUUUGGUUAACUGACUUUUGAGUAUUAAUUGUGUAAACGAUCAUCACAAUUUUUUACCUAUUGGAUUAUUAUUUUUUAACUAAUUAAAACUAAACUUUUGGUAAGCUAAGUUCAUGAUAAUUAUACUUUAACGUAACCUGAGCACCUCAUAAUUAUUUUUAAUUUCAAUUAGUACUAGUAUAGGAUAAUUAGAUUUAUAAUUUGCAUAAUCCCGGUGGCGACUACGCCAUUCGGUUACGAGCAUACACGCAAUAAUAGUUAAAAAAUACAUUCCCAUGAGCUGCGAUCAUCGCAGUCCCAUGGUUGAUUCUUAUUUGGCUUUAGAUUUAAUCGAUGUGUUAGAAGUUAUUAAUUGUUAAGUGUAAGACGAGAUUCGUUUUAGGAUUGAUUUUCUGUGAUAUAGCUUUCUAUUUUACAAUCUAGAAUUUUUAUUAUCUUCGGUGAAUUAACUUUCUUUUAUAUAAUUCGUUUAGGGUGUUCAUUUUGUGUAUCGCAUUUUCAUUAAAGUUUAGAGUUAAUUUGAGAACAUUUACUUUUGGAGGCAGGCGCGUUCUUAGUUCAACUUUCGUGGUAUCCAAUAGUUUAAAUCUUGAAUUCUUAAUUUCAUUUUCAAUUCAUAUAAAUUUAUAGAAAUAGUCCCCGUAUGAUUGGUCUGAUUUUAUCGUCUCACACUUUAAUAUAUAGUUUAGGGAAGUAAAUGCGUCGGUAGAUGUUGGUUUAUUGCUAUGUAUUAUAUGUUGUCGAAAGAAUAAUGCUGCCUUUUAUAUGAGACUAUGUUAGAAAUACACGUAAGAGUCUAUUGAUAUAUAUAUUAUAUAAUAAAAGAUAUAUACGAUUUCACCGUGAUGCCACUACCGCGACACAGCCUCCUUAGAUAUUAAGUAAAUGUCUAAAAUUAAAUUGAUGUUGUAACGUGUGUCUUGAUGUGUCUUGUAGUAUAUAGGUUAGAUUUGUGUCGCAGUGUAACCAUUAGUUAUUAAGUUAAUAGUUGGGCCUAUAGAUGGGAAAAUCGCGAUCGAUGUCACCAUCAUCUUUGGAUGUUCUAAAUUUUAUAUAAUGUAGAUGUUUAAUUAGUUUUUGGGAUGUUUUUUUUUUGUUGGUCAUACUUCGGAAACGGGGUUCUAGUUGAAUUUCCAAAGUUUACAGUUUCAUGGCACUACUAGAUUUCGUAGGUGUUUUAAUAUUAGAAUGAAUAACGUGACUAUAUGAUCUUUCCGCGUUUAAUAUCUAUUCUGUAGAGCUUGACUUGUUUGUUGUUACCAUUGUGGGCAGACGAGCACACGGCCUACCUGAUGGUAAAUGGUUACCUUCGUUCAUCGACAUCAGCACUGCCAUUAGUAAAGCUAAGCCGCUCGCUGCCCAUUGAAAUUUACGCGUUACCAAUCUACAAUCAUCACGAAUGAGUGCAUAAUAAUAUAUAAUAAUAUAAACUUUCGUUCCGCCUUUCGCCUCAACAACAACUUUUACUGUUUCAUAAUAAAAUGCAUAAUAUAUUUUUUUUUAUUAUAUUAUUAUCAUCAUUUUACUACGCGCAUCACAAAUUAUUAGGUUAGUUUAUGUAUUAGAUGUUGGAAGUAGAAAACUUUGUAUAUAUCCGAUGGUGGAGCAAACCAUUCGGCCAACGAGCAUGUAUGCAAUAAAUAGCUUAGUUUAACAUUAUUAUGUGCUAUGGUUACCCAUAGUGCAGCUUAGGGUUACUUUUUACUGUGUUUAAUAUAAAUUGACGACAAGUCGAGUUAUUGAUAUAAGUUAGUGUGUUAGUUAAUUUCUCUUCUCUAACGUAGGACUGCGUGACGACACCUCCGAUAGGGAUACGAUAUUACCGUGUUUCUAUUCAAAGUCGGAUUUGAAGAAUUUGCAUUAGAAACAGUAUGUUAUAUUGUCCCUAAAUUACUACUUUUCCAGUAUCCCUUUGUCACAUGUGACUGCUUUCCGCGCACUAAAUAUAAUCUCUUUCGUAAUGUGUAAUUCGUUGUUGUCAUCCACACAUCUAAGCUGGACGUAUUCUCGUCACAUCCGACCUGGUGGCGUUCGAAAUUAUUUAACAUAAAAUUAAAAAGACAUACAUCACGCCGUUUCGUCUUCACGUCCCGUCCUACGUUAUUGAACAGAAUAUGAAUGUCAGACGCAGCAUAAUAUAAGGUUAUUCGUAUCACAUAAGUACCUCAGAAAUAUAAUAAGCCGAAAAAUGAUAUACCUCAAACCGCGUCACAACCUCAUUAGUUGUAAUUUUUAGGCUUGAUAAGUGUUUUAAUAUAGUAAGGUGGUUGGUUAGUUUUGCCAUUAAUUAAAUCACCGAAGUGCUAUGUGCAUGCAGGAUAUCUAAUUUUGCAUCAAUCCUCAAUGUGGCCUGAGAAACUAUUUAUUUAUUUAUUUGUUUAUUAAGUAGUGAAUUUUUUUAUUUAUUUAAAGAGGAACUGGUAAUUAUGUUUAGUUAUUAUAUUUAAAUGUUACCAAAUUUUUCAACAAUUUCUCCCCUUACAAUUAGUUUUAAAACCCUAGUGUAAUUUGUAGUAUAUAAGCUAUAAUAUAUAAAAAUGCAGAUGAGAGAAAAAUAGAUAAGUAAAAUCGUGUACGUAAUCUAAAUAAAAAGUUAAAAAUUCAGAAAAGCAAAAAAAAAUAUAUAAAAAAUCGUAAAAACAAAAAAAAAAUAUAGAUUUAAUUUGGUAGUUUUAACAAGAGUCCUGUUAUUGAGGCAUCCGUAUCUUGAGUUCUGCAAGACUUUAUUCUAACCAUAUGAUAGCCAAUUAAGCUUGGGAUCGCUUUGACAUUUGCUGUAUGCGUUUAGGACGGUAGACAAAUCAAUAAUAUACUCAAUUAAUUCAGCACAACCUGAUUAAUGUUUUCCACAAAAUAUACUUCAUGUUGCUUGCUCAAGGUACCUCAGUGCGAAUGCCUCAGUAACAGAAAUUCUUUUGGGUAGUUUCGUUAGUAAAAUUUCGCAGUUUCAUCGAAAUGUGAGAUUGCAACGCACGGAAGUAAGGCAAAUAGCUUUUAGUAUACCCAUAUACGUUUAAAAUUUAUUUUUACUAUAAAAUAAAAAGAAUAAAUAAAAAAAAAAUUUAAAAGAAUAUAAAGUAAAAAAAAAUCUAAAUAAUAUUACUAAAAGAAAAGAAAAAAUAUUAAAAUAAAAUAAAGUAAAAAAAAAAAACAAAAAAGAAAAAAAUGUUAAAAAAAAGUAGUUUUAGUAUGUUUAGUACUUAGUGUUUAGUAGUAGUGUUUGAUGUUGAUGUCAUUAACUUAAGAACUUAACUUGUUAGGGAGCAUCGUAUACAAAGAGAAACAUCCAAUCCAAUAAUGACUAUAGUCUUUUUUGUUGUAAAAACACCCAGAUAUCGUUUCGACGGCCGAAUAUUUCACAAUGGCCGGUACUUUUGCCCACCAAUGCUUCCUUACAAGUAGUUCUAGUGAUAAUUUCGCAAAUUAUGUCGUAAUAUAACAUAGUUCAUAGUGAUUGGUCUUAUCGAUAAGAAGCGGGAUAUAAAAAAAAAGAAGUAAAGAAGUACUCUAUUAGUUGUUAAGCGGGCAAAAUUUAUUUUAGUAAUAAUAGUAAAUUAAAAGCGAAAAAAAAA